AUGGCCUCGUUCGUGUGGCUGAGGCUUUUUGUCGAAGGUGUCAAUCAUGAUGCUAAUAUUCAUUUUGUUGCACGUAAAUCUGAUUUCCCGUUGGCCCCCUUACAGUCUCUCCUGCGUGAGGGUUCGGUUCUUCAUAUGGGGUCGACUCAGUUAAAUGGAUUCAGCAUCCCAUAUAGGCUUGGCCUCUUCAUGAAUUUUGGGCCAAACUGCUUGUUAGACAGAGUGACGUGGAGUUCGGUUUCAGAUACUUAUUACUAUGUUUGGCUGUUACAUUUCAGGACAUUCAAAAAUUACUCAUCUUCUAAUGAGUCCUUUCUGGUCACAUCUCUUAAUCUUGAAAUUGUCAGAGCCCUAGCAAAAGAGGGUAUUCCUUCUAUUGGAAUGUCUCCAUUUUCAUGUGGCUGGUCAACACGUGAAAGAAAUAUAGCUGUGGCUGAUUUAAGUACAGUGGCUAAAGCUAUCGACAAUGGAUUUGUACCUGUUCUGCAUGGAGAUGCUGUACUGGAUACUUCACUGGAUUGCACUAUAUUAAGUGGGGAUGUAAUCAUACGUCAUCUGGUAGCUGAACUGAAACCUGACUAUGUCGUUUUCCUAACAGAUGUUUUUGGGGUAUAUGACCGCCCACCAACAGAACCUGAUGCAGUGCUUCUUAGGGAAAUCGCUGUGCGUGAAGACGGUAGCUGGUUUGUAGUAAAACCAGAAUUGCAGGACAUGAACAGGCAAGUUGAAAUAACAGUAGCAGCACACGACACAACUGGUGGCAUGGUGACAAAGAUAUCGGAAGCUGCAAUGAUUGCCAAACAUGCAAUUGAUGUCUAUAUUGUUAAGGCAGCUACGGAUCACUCAUUGAAGGCUCUACGAGGAGAUUUGAAAGAGAACAUACCUGACGACUGGCUUGGAACAGUUAUCCGGCUUGCCAAGUAGAAUCAACUGCUCCUUUUUUGAAGUAUAUCGACAUAGAUUUGGAGUAUGCAAGUUUUUGUGCAUGUGAAUUCAAGCAUUUAUUGGAGUCAGGUCAAUCCUGCUGUUGUAUCCUACUGAUUAACAAUUGUAGACGUCAUACCCCUUUGUAUCGUUUCCAGCUUUACUAUUUUUUUUUUCUGUCCAUUUUUUUUCCAAAAGCAAUGGUGACAUUAGAAUUAGUCCACUUCAUCAAGUGCAAAUCAAUCUGAAUACUUUCCCUCA